AUGCUGCCAUCCUCCCUCUGGCUGCUUUGUCUGGCGGCGAUACGAGUACGAUCACAGACUACCAACCAGGCGAUAUCCUUCACAAACACUUUUUCGACGUUAUCCAGUAUACCGACCUCUGAUUUCACUGGUUCGCAAUUCACCUACAUAUCACCAACAGGCCAGAGCACUUUGUCAAGCUCAUCAACGUCUAUCUCAUCAUAUGGCGAGGCGUCAAACUCAACAGCUACGAGCAAUGCUACGGCAACAUCAAGUAGUACCUCGCAAACAACGAGGUCGUCGAGCUCGCAAUCUCUCUUUGCCAUUGGCGGUACGGUAUCUGCUACAGGCACUGCAACAGGAAGUAGGACUUCUACCGCAGCCUUGCCUUCCAACACUCUGCCAUGCAACAACUACCCGGAGUUCUGCAACCGCAAAUACAGCAACAUCACAGAAGUUUGCGCCCACAACUCCGCCUUCUCGAUCAAGAACAAUGCCGCAAGCAACCAGGCACUGAGCAUCACAGACCAGCUGAACGAUGGCAUCCGAAUGCUCCAAGGAGAAACCCACCGAGUAAACGACACAAUCUACAACUGCCACACCUCAUGCUCCCUCCUCAACGCCGGGACCUGGCAAGCCUCGCUCGAAACCCUCGUCUCCUGGCUCGACCAAAACCCCUACGACGUCGUAACCUGGUUAAUCGUCAACAGCGACUACGUCUGGGUGGAAAACUACACGGCCUCGGUGGAAGCCAGCGGCAUAAUGCCGUACCUUUACAUCCCCGAAUUUCGCCCGCAACACCGCGACCAAUGGCCCACGCUGGGGGAGAUGAUCCUGAGCGGGAAAAGAGUCGUGAUGUUCAUGGACUACAACGCCAACCCGGCCUCGGUGCCGUACAUCCUGGAUGAAUUCACACAUAUGUGGGAAACGCCCUUCUCGCCCACGAACCAGAGUUUCCCUUGCACGCAGCAGAGGCCUCCUGGGCUGAAUCAGACGGUUGCGCGGGACCAGUAUAUGUACCUUGCCAACCAUAACCUCAACACCGCGAUAGAUAUCGGGGCGAUUACGGGGAGUGGGUCGAGCUCGUUGCUUGUGCCUAAUUCGGCCGAGGUGAAUGUUACGAAUGGACAAUAUGAUCAAUUUGGCCAGCUCGAGGCUGCGCGGUCGAAUUGCACGGCCGAGUGGGAUCGACCGCCAAACUUCCUCCUGGUGGACUACUACAACAUCGGCGAUCCGGGUCCAGGGUCUGUGUUUGAGGUCGCUGCACGAGCAAACGGUGUCACUUAUAAUCGAAGAUGCUGUGGCAUCACUUCUCAAUCCGGGUCGUCGAGCAUGAAGAUAAGCUUUGCUGCGCUGGGUGCGGCAAUAGUCUUUUCUGCACUUCUGGCAUGGUAG